GGGUGCUGGGAUAUAUAAACCUUCGCUUUUCCCUCCCUUUUGAGCAUCGUUAUCCUGCGCAAGGGCAGUGCGGGAGAAUCUGCGUCGUUUUCUCCUCAAAAAGCGUUUCUCUGUGUGACACUGCAAACAUGUCUUUGUCGGGAGACGUCUGUCUUGUUACAGGUGCCUCUGGCUUCCUGGGAGAAAGAAUUGUCAAGCUACUCGUUGAAGAGGGAGCGAUGGAGAUCCGUCUGUUGGACAGGAACAUCAAGCCCCAACUGCUCCAGUCACUAGAUGAAUCCAGAAAUCAGACGAAGAUUAAUGUGUUUGAGGGGGACAUCAGGGACAGCGAGCUGCUGACAAAAGCUUGCCAAGGAGCUUCCACAGUCAUCCACACAGCAUCCAUCAUUGACGUUACUGGAGCAGUGGACUACAGUGAACUCCAUGGGAUCAAUGUCAAAGGAACCCAACUCUUGCUGCAGAUCUGUCUCCAGGAGAAUGUGACCUCCUUCAUCUAUACCAGCAGUAUUGAGGUAGCAGGCCCCAACCCUCAAGGAGACCCCAUUGUUGAUGGUGAUGAGGAAACUCCUUACUUCUCCUGCCUGAAGUUCCUUUAUAGCAAAACCAAACAUGAAGCUGAGCAGCUAAGCCUCAGGGCCAACGGCCAGCCCUUAUGCAACGGAGGUCAUCUGACCACCUGUGCCUUACGACCAACGUACAUCUACGGGGAGGGCUGCCGUUUCCUGAAGGGUCACAUGGUUAACGGGAUCCGCAACGGGAAUACUCUGCUACGCACCUCUCGACCAGAUGCAAAGGUGAAUCCAGUGUAUGUAGGGAAUGUUGCCUUUGCUCAUGUUCUGGCUGCCCGGGCAAUGAGGGAUCCAAAGAAAAGGGAAACCAUUGGGGGCAACUUCUACUUCAUCUCUGAUGACACUCCCCCUGUUAGCUACUCAGACUUCAACCAUGCAGUGCUGUCUACAUUGGGCUUCAGGAUCCAAGAAAAGCUAAUUCUGCCCUUUCCAGUCCUCCGUCUUUUGUGCUUUCUUCUGGAGAUACUACAGAGGUGUCUCCAGCCAUUCAUGAAGUUCACUCCACCCCUGAACAGCCAACUUCUCAUCAUGCUAAAUACACCCUUCACUUUCUCAUAUCAUAAGGCCCAAAGGGACAUAGGUUAUAGUCCAUGCUAUGACUGGGAGGAGUCCCGUAAACGUACCACAGAUUGGUUGGCCUCCAUCCUACCAGCUGAGAGAGAGCAAAUCAGGGCUUGAUGAAUGACCUGGGAACCUCACAGAAAAUGUGUACGAAUUGGAAUUUUGCAUGUUUACUCAGUUGUGCUUUGUACUUGACAGCAGUGAAUUAAAGCUAAGUUUAUUUAAAAAGGGCGGAAAAUAAAUGAAUCAUGUUCACAGCCUA